UUCUCCAGCGGGGGAAAAAAAAAAGGCUGCAACAUCUGGCACAUCAGGAACAGAAGAGAGCUUAUAUAGCUUGUACACUGUAGUACACACACUGUAGCGUAGCAUUUACAGGAUGUAGAAAGGACCCAAAGCGGAAACACUUCAAUUACAUCGCCGACAACAACAACAGAAAAAGGGGGGGGACACAAAGUCGGAGCGUCCUGCCGACGAGACCGUGCUGUCUUUUUUUCUAUUUAUAGCAUCCUCGGUUGCGAAGUGAAGAUUUGUUGCAGAGUAAAAAUUGACGAGAGCGGAAGAAGAAGGAACAGAAGAAACAGAGGAAGGAGGAGAAGACACAGCCCUGGUGUGCUAUAAAGGAGAACCUGUUGAAUAAUAAACAGUGUGUACACUAAGACUGAGGGUAUGUGGGAAGGGUAUUGGGUCACAGCCCUUCUCCAUCAGGCAUCCAGGAGAUCUGUGGUCUAAGUGUUGCUAUGGCAACCAGCGCCGUGCCAAGCGACAACCUCCCCACCUACAAGCUGGUGGUGGUGGGCGACGGCGGUGUGGGAAAGAGCGCCCUCACCAUCCAGUUCUUCCAGAAAAUCUUUGUGCCAGACUAUGACCCGACCAUCGAGGACUCGUACCUGAAGCACACAGAGAUCGAUGGCCAGUGGGCGAUUCUGGACGUACUGGACACAGCAGGUCAGGAGGAGUUCAGUGCCAUGCGUGAGCAGUAUAUGAGGACUGGAGACGGCUUCCUCAUUGUCUUCUCGGUCACAGACAAGGCCAGCUUCGAGCACGUCGACCGAUUUCACCAGCUCAUCCUCAGGGUGAAAGAUCGAGAGUCCUUUCCCAUGAUCCUCGUAGCUAAUAAAGUGGACCUGGUUCAUUUGAGGAAGGUGACGAAUGAACAGGGAUGUGAGAUGGCUGCCAAACACAGUAUCACUUACAUCGAGACGAGCGCUAAGGAUCCACCCAUGAACGUGGACAAAGCCUUUCACGAGCUGGUCCGAGUAAUCAGACAACAAGUACCAGAGAGGAAUCUGAAGAAAAAGAAGAAGAUGAAAUGGCGAGGAGACCGAGCAGACGUUUCUCCCAAAUUCCGUUGCACAAUAUUGUGACCUCGUGCUCUUUCUUGCUCAAUACAGAACGGCGGUCUCGCCGCGAUCGGCAGGGAAAGCACAGAUUAAAAUAAUAAUAAUGAUAAUAAUAAUAAUAAUAAUAAAAGAUACUGCCAAGCUGAAAAGACGUCUUAAAUGGUUAGCAGCUGUUUUGCACACCUGCAGAGACGAGUUGAGUGGAGGUUAUGGGCUGUGCAGAUGUUCAGGCCUUUUCUCGAGCUCGAUUGUCAUAAGCGUAUAGGGUGCUGGCUGCCUUCCAUGUGUUCAGUGGGAUGGACGGUUUUUCGCUCUUAUCGCUUUUGCGUCUUUGUACUGAUAUGAAGUGUAUGAAGUUGUGGCUUGGCCAAAAGAAAAGCCAGUCAUUAGCACAGGAGAAUGCUAAUGCUGUCUUGGGAAUUUGGGAUACCUCCUCAACAUGGCCUUUACUGUUAAGCACAAAUGGACAGGUGAGACCGGAAUGGACCUUUUCAUUGUUUUUUUUUUGUUUUUUUUUUGCACUUUGAUAUUUGAUAUUGCACAGAUAUCAUCCACGGUCGACGUACUAAAGACUUUUUUUUUGCCGUCGGUUUUAAAUGGCUUAUGUUGCACUUAUAUAGUCUGCUCAUUGUUUUUUUUU